AUGAGCUACCAGAGUAACACCGGCAGCUAUGGCGGCCAAGGUCAGAAGGCGGUGGUCAAGAACGCCGACAUGUCGGACGAGAUGCAACAGGACGCCGUGGAAAUCGCAAGCGAUGCCAUGCAAAGUCAGACAAUCGAGAAGGACAUUGCUGCCGCGAUCAAGAAGAAGUUCGACUCGAAGUACGGCCCCACGUGGCACUGCAUCGUUGGCCGAAACUUUGGCAGGUAA